AUGACCGAGCUACGACAUCGUGAAGGUCCGGAAGCCGUCGGGAAUACCGAAGACUUUCUCGAGAGGGUUGCGGAUGAGGGAGAGGGGGCCAGCGCGGUCCUGGUGACGGAUGAGGGCUUCGUCAAGGCGCGUCCCCAGACGCAGGAGUGGAUGAAGCACGCACUGCGCUGCAGGGCCUGGGGAGUAAUUCCAGGCAAUUUAAAAUGCUCGGGCUGUGGAGGUCUUCUCAGGAGGCCUGUGGUCACAGGCUGCGGCCAUUACUACUGCGAGGGAUGCAUCCAGGCCGAUGCCAGGUGCAGCAUAUGCGAACAGCCCGUUACCAAGAUAAGCUAUGAUUCCCGCAUGGCCUCCCGUGUUGACCGCUUCCUGGGCAAGUAG